CAACGAGAAGUUUACUUGGCUACCAGCUGGAAGCAAUUCAUAGUUUCUUUGAAUAAGUUGUUUAUUUUUUUCAAAGUCUGAUUAUUUGAUUGUGCGUUUUAUUUCUUAAAUAUGAAUGACGAUAUUGAUAUGGAGUUAUCCGAUGGUGAGCCAUCAAAAAGUACCAACCCUACUGAAGAGGAUGACGAAGAGGAUCCAUUGGAUGCUUAUAUGAAAACUAUCCGGCAAGAUUUGGCCAAAUUAAGAGGAAGUGUAGUGCGUAAAGCAUCGGACAAGAAUGUUUAUUUCGGUGUUUCUAAAAAGAAAAAAGUGGAAAAAGGUGAAUUACUCGAGCAGAACCAAGAUGCUUUGGAAUAUUCAUCAGAAGAAGAAGGGACUUCAGCUGAGGAUUUAGAAGCAAUGAACACUAACUUGCAGAGUCAAGUUAAUAAGACGAAAAAGCUUCUCACCAUUACAAAAGAAGAUAUAACUUAUAUACCUUUCAAUAAAAACUUUUAUAUUGAAGUCCCUGAACUAGCAAAUAUGACACCUCAAGAAGUUGAAGCUUAUCGAGAAGAAUUGGAAGGAAUCAAAGUUAAAGGAAAAGGUUGCCCUAAACCGAUUAAAACAUGGGCGCAAUCCGGUGUGAGUAAAAAAGUUAUGGACAUCCUUAAACGCCACAAUUAUACCAAACCAUCUCCAAUCCAAGCUCAAGCUAUACCUGCCAUCAUGUCUGGUCGUGAUAUUAUUGGAAUUGCUAAAACAGGCUCCGGCAAAACUUUAGCCUUUUUAAUUCCAAUGUUUCGUCACAUUCUAGAUCAACCUCCUCUUGCUCCUGGUGAUGGUCCAAUCGCUCUAAUCAUGAGUCCAACUCGAGAACUUGCUACACAAAUUUGGGCUGAUUGUAGAAAAUUUUCUAAAUCUUUAAAAUUGAGAGCUGUUUGUGUUUAUGGAGGAACUCCUAUUUCCGAACAAAUUGGCGCUCUUAAACCUGGCGCUGAAAUUGUUGUUUGUACUCCUGGUCGGAUGAUAGACAUGCUGGCAGCUAAUGGUGGUCGUGUUACAAAUUUGAGAAGAUGUACAUACUUGGUACUUGAUGAGGCCGAUCGUAUGUUUGACAUGGGUUUUGAACCACAGGUAACUAGAAUAAUUGAAAACAUGAGACCUGAUAGACAAACUGUCAUGUUUUCAGCUACUUUUCCAAGGAUAAUGGAAGCUUUGGCUCGACGAAUAUUGAAUAAACCAAUUGAAAUUCAAGUUGGAGGUCGAUCUGUCGUGUGUAAAGAUGUUGAACAACAAGUUAUCCUUAUAGAAGAAGAAGACAAGUUCUUGAAAUUGUUGGAAAUUUUAGGACAGUACUUAGAAGGAGAACACAGUGCUAUAAUAUUUGUAGAUAAACAGGAAAAGGCUGACACUCUCCUACGUGAAUUGAUGCAUGCUAGCUAUAGCUGUUUGGCUCUUCAUGGAGGAAUUGAUCAGCAAGAUCGUGACUCUACUAUUUCUGACUUCAAAAAUAAUCGUAUUAGAGUAUUAAUAGCAACUUCUGUUGCAGCUCGUGGUCUCGACGUGAAACAUUGUUACUUGGUAAUUAACUUUGACUGUCCUAAUCAUUAUGAAGACUAUGUUCAUCGCUGUGGUAGAACUGGAAGAGCUGGUAAUAAAGGUUUUGCCUUCACUUUUAUAACUAGAGACCAAGCCAAGUUUUCUGGUGAUAUUAUAAAGGCUCUCGAGUUAUCAGGUAACACUCCACCAGAAGCACUACAAGAUUUGUGGCGCAGCUAUAAAGAAAAGUUGGAAUUGGAAGGUAAAAAAGUGAAAAGUUCUUCAGGUUUUUAUGGCAAAGGAUUCAAGUUCGAUGAAGCUGAAGCUCAAAUGGCCAUUGAUAAAAAGAAACUUCAAAAAGCUGCUUUAGGUAUCCAAGAUUCUGAUGAUGAAGAUGUUGAUGCAGAUAUCGAUCAAGAAAUUGAAAAUAUGCUUGCACCUAAACAAACAGUGAAACAAGUUUCGAAGACAAAAGCAACAGCAACAGGAGCUAACGGAGAAACAUCAAACAAUGGAAAUGGUUCAACUCCAUUAGUUGUGCCAGAUACUGCAAAUGCUAAAUUUGAAUUAGCGAAGAAGUUAGCUUCUCGAAUCAAACUUCCAGGUGGAAAAACGACUUCUGCUGCUCAGGCUUUCCUUAAAGGUGAAUCAAGUCCAAGUAUAUCCUCAGCCUUGUCUGCUAAAUCAAUUGCUGAAGCUAAAGCAGAGAGGAUCAAUGCGAAACUUAAUUAUGUUCCCAAAGAUUCUGAAUACAAUGAAGAUGACGCUAAUCAAGACGAACAUGCAAGUGGCAGUGAUGUGUUUCUACGAUUCGAAGAAGAACUUGAAAUUAAUGAUUUCCCACAACAAGCAAGAUGGAGAGUCACAAGUAAAGAAGCGCUGGCUCAAAUAUCUGAAUACUCUGAGUCUGGUAUUACUGUCAGAGGGACGUAUAUUGCCCCUGGAGCUAAACCAGGUCUCACCCCUGAUGGCAAAGAGGAAAGGAAACUUUACCUUGCUAUUGAAGGUACAUCUGAACUUUCCGUUAAAAAGGCUCGAGACGAGAUUAUUCGUUUAAUCAAAGAAGAGAUUGUCAAACUUCAAAACUCUUAUCAACCAAUUAACAAGGGUCGAUACAAAGUUAUUUAAAAUGUUCAUAUGUUCAGUGUUUAACCAUAUUCCAUCAAUAAAUUACAAAAAUCUACCAAAAAA